AAAGCCAUAUAAUCUUCUAAAAAUUGGCCAAAUAAAAUCCACAUAUUUUCCUAAAAACAUUUUUGGUACCAAGUGACUUUUCUUUAAUUGUUUUUUCCCACCCUCAUGGUUAAAAAGCUCAAACAGUAUAAAAUCUUUUUUUUUUUUUUUCCAUUUAAGUUCAUAACAUAACAUCCUCAUAAAUUCAUAAUAAAUUAGUAAAACAAAACUGAAAAAUAUAUUUAAAAAAUAUAAAUAACAAUAAUAUAAUAAAAGUUUCAUUCAAAAAAAAAAAAAAAAAACAAUCAACCCGCCUUGUAUGUGGACCAAUAGGAAAAUGAAAAAUGAAAUGGUGGGAGCAGUGCCUCAGUACUCACUGUGUAGGGUUUAUCACACUCUCCAAAAGCCUUCAUUUUUUUCUCUCUAUUUUUCCUUACAAUCUUCCAGAAACAUCCAGCUUUACAUGAGUAGCUGAAAGUUAAACAUGCAGACAAUUAAGGGUGGUUGGGUCGGGCAAACAUUUGCCCUUGCUACUUACAAUGACUCUGGUGGCCGGAAGACUAGGAUUAGGCGUUCGAAAGAAGAGAGGAAGACUAUGGUUGAAACUUUCAUAAAGAAAUAUCAGAAGUCAAAUGAUGGGAAUUUUCCAUCACUUAAUUUGACGCACAAGGAAGUUGGUGGCUCUUUCUACACAGUACGAGAAAUAGUUCGUGAGAUAAUUCAGGAAAAUAAAGUUCUAGGUCCAGCUAAGUUAUCUCCUGAAGAGAAGAACAAUAUUAUGUUUGCGGAACAAUAUCCACUAGGAUCCAUAUCAACUGAACCACAAAGUUUAUCUUUAUCUGGUGAGACCCAUGUUAUGUCAAGUUUUGCGCCCAACCAUUACAUGGAUAAAAGUGAAGAGGCUGAUUUUGAUGUGAAUAGACAGUUUGAUAUAGAUGAAGUGAAGGUUGCAGAUGAUAGACUACAGACUAGCACUAGUAACAUUUCUGAGAUAAUUGAACAAUCUGAUGAAUCUUACAUAAUUGAUUCUGAAUCUGAUCAUCACAAAAACAAGGAUGAGGUAUUGCAUUCUAGUGGGAUUAAUGGAGUUGACCAUGAGAUGCUCAACGAACAAAUGGUUGGUGACUAUGAGACAACCAAAGAAAAUGAAAUCUCUGGUAAAUCUGACUUACUUAACAACCUCUCUUUCGAGCGGCAAAAUACCAGUGCACAAGGUUUAGAUUCUACUGAGAUCAUCUCUGAAAGUGUGGAUUCCAGUCUUCUCUGUGGGGUUGAUGCUAGUCAUGCUAUAGUUAAAGAAGAUGAUACAUAUGGAGAACCAAUAGCUACAGGCUCGGAGGUAGGAGAGAAUCUAAAUGUUGAAGGUGGAUUGGAUGAACUAGAAGCAUCAAAAGCUGGAACACCUCUUCAAAAAACAGAAUUAUUGGUGGAGAAGUUUCCCCUGCGACCCAUUUCUAAGAAAAUAGAUGACUUGAAUUCAGGAUUAGAUGAAACAAUUAGUGUAUCAAAAACAUCGGAAGAAACUGAACAUGAACACAACAGGAUAACCUCUUCAGAAAAAGCAACUCAACUUGUGAAUGGGCCAGUUGAUGUGAUAGCUGAUCCAACAAUAGAGAAGUCGAGUAAACUGUUAAAUGAGAAAGCAGAGGCGGAAGCUGGAGAGGCAUCAUUGGUAAUUUCAAGUUCCUCGGAAGAAAAAGCAGCCAUUGCCACUGAUGUAGGAGUUAAGGCCUCAUCAACUUUGUGUGAAAUAGUUAAUGCUUCUAGCCCUAUGUGUAAUGAGACUGUUGGCAGCAGCAGUAAUAAUGGUACUUCUAAGAAAACAGCUGCUGACAAGUUAAUCGAAGGUACAGGCAAAGCCAGCACUCAACAUGGUAGCAGCCAUCAGAAAGGAGGCAAUCCUCCACUAGACAGAAUUAAUCUUGAAACGUGGAAAGGCGCUUCAGCAAAAUCCAGGAAACAUGAAACAAAUCCACUCCUUGCAUUAUUGAAGGCAUGUAUCACGGCUUUUGUGAAAUUUUGGACCGAAGAAUAGCUCAGCUUCUUUGCUUUUCAUUUUAGUGCUUUGAAGGUAGCUAUAGAUCCAGCAGUUGCUGCAGUGAUAUUCGGUUCAUCAGAGAACAUUUUUCUCAAAUUAUAUCAUCCCUGAGCUGCAACGGAAGUUACAUACUCAAGUUUUCUAUAGGUCAGGAUGAUAAUUGAUAUCUUAGUUUGUAUGAUAGAAUUUGUGCUAGUUGUGAGUUAGGGCAUGUUCCUGAUGUGGUUUAUCACAUGAAUGAAUGAACAUGUCACUUAUGAAUUCCAGAUAUAAUAGAUUAGAUCCAUGAAUGCUCUAUUCUUUACUCAUAAGGUAAAAUGGUUGUCUUUACUUGAAUAUAUAUGAGGUUUCAUUGUUCUCUGA